AUGGCCGCACUCGCAGUCGCCCUUCCCACGGCCGGAUGCUUCGCUACGGCUUCCGCCGGGAAGAAAGCGGUCACUUGCAAGACCGCAAAUCUGGCCGCUCUGCCCGUCUUCCUCUCUACGAGGAGCACUGCUCAAAGGCGUGGCGCGGCUCUUAGAGUGACGUGCAGCAGCAGCAGCAAGCCGGUGGUGGCUAAGAGAGUGGAGAAUGCGGGCGAGCAGGAGGCGUUCCUGGCAUCGGGCUUCUUGGAGAAGGCGACGCUCAUGUCGGCUGCCGCCAUGACGCCGCUCCUGCUCAACGUGCAGGACGCCACGGCCGUGGGCGGCGAGUUCGGCCUUCUCGAGGGCCGGACGGCGGCGCUGGUGCACCCGUUCGUGAUGGGCGGGCUGUUUUUCACGACGCUCUACGCGUUCUACCUGGGCCGCCAGUGGAAGCAGGUCCGCGUCGUUGGCGAGAAGAUCCAGGACCUCAAGAAGCAGCUCCCGGCUGGCGAGGAGGCUGCUGCGGCGUCGCCACUGUCCGGCGAGAUCGCCACGCUCACUGCGCAACGCGCGGAGCUGGUGAAGGGCAACUACCGUGAGAAGCACUUCAACGUGGGGUCGCUGCUGCUGGGCUUCGGUGUGCUCAUCGCCGUGGAGGGGUGCGUCAACACCUGGUUCCGCACCGGCAAGCUCUUCCCCGGUCCCCACCUCUGGGCCGGCGCCACCAUCACGGUGCUGUGGGCGCUGGCUGCGUCGCUGGUGCCGGCGAUGCAGAAGGGUAACAUGGUGGCGCGCAAGGCGCACGUGGCGCUCAACAUGCUCAACCUUGCGCUCUUCGUGUGGCAGAUCCCCACCGGCCUGGAGAUUGUCGGCAAGGUUUUCGAGUUCACCUCGUGGCCUUGA